AUGGCCUGGGCUUCCUUCCUCUCCUGCUUCUCCUUCUGGGGAGAAGAAGAGGAGAGUGCUACCUCCAGAGUAUACGGGCUGCUUGUUGAGCGUACAGGAACGACAAGGGGAGUGAUAGAGGUAGGAAUGGUUGUCGCAUUGUGUGGAGCGGUGCCGUUGGUAGUGGGGUGUCUACAGGCUCUUCGCAGAGGGGGGAGGAGGGAGGUUAAUGAUAAUAAUAAGAGCAAUCGGGAUAUCAAGUCGAAGAGCGUCGGCGGCGGUGGUAGCGGUCUUACAGACAGCGAUGGACAGCAGGUCGUGCAUUCUUCGUCCUCGUCCUCAACAGCAGCAGAUGAUGCUGCAUACACAGACCCGGGGCUUCUCCGUAAAUUUUCGGAGGUGAUCCCCGUUACCACGGACAGUUAUAACUACCCGGGGGUUCGCAUCUUCUACCGCGAGCACCCCAAAGCUUCAGUACUUCCACCAAAGCUUCCUCUGCUUGUCUUUAUCCAUGGUCUCGGAGGACAGUUGUCGCAGUUCCGCUACCUUAUCGAGUACUUUGUUCACAUUUCACACACGCUCGCGAUCGAUCUCCCUGGCUGUGGCCCAGAUUCAGAGUUCGCGCCAAAGGAUUGGGAUGCAUACACGACUUCGUCCUUGGCAGCCGUGAUAGCCGGCGUGGUCAACGGAAAGCUCGAGGAAGGGCAGCAGGUGAUCCUUAUCGGACACUCUAUGGGGUGUUCGCUGGCCGCGACUCUCGCGACGAAGGGGGGGCUUUUGGCGGAUAAAUGCGUCGGCCUCAUCGCAAUUUGCCCAAAAGCCACGGUUACGGAAAAAGAAAGAAAGGCCAUGGCGACAGCGGUCUCGCUGCCAGAGGUUCUCUUCAACGUCUUCAGGGCCUACGAUCGCCGCGGCGGAAUCUCGUCAAAGUCGGUUAAUCGGUUCGUUGGCAGCAACGCUUCGGAACAGGUUAGGAAGUUGCAGCUGCGGUUCAAUAAGCAGUCCAGGACCCCUGUUUGGAGGCGGAUGGUGAGCGGGUUCCAAUUGCCGACAGAGGAGGACUGGUCGUUGAUUAAGUGUCCGAUCUAUCUGCUUGGAGCUGCCGAAGAUCAGGUCGCUACCACCAAAGAGGUCGAUCUUAUCCACUCCUGGUUCAGUCCUGCGAAUAAGAAGGUCACUCUCUCCGAUUCCGGUUCAGGCAACAGCAGCUCUUUCGAGGGUUUGCCUUCCGGGGAGUGCAAGGCGGUGGUGAAGAAAUGCAUCAUCCCUGGUGCUGGUCACGGCGUCAUGUACGAAACGCCGCAUGUCUUGAACGGUCUGAUUGGUGAGUUCAUAUCCAAGCAUAUCAACGAGAUACUUUCCAUGGGGUGGCAGUUAUCCCACCUCAAGGAAGACAAAUGGCUCUUGAAGAACCUAGAAAAAUGGACCAAGACCCAGAGCGUAAGCCCAAGGAUAGUUGGGUUCACCGCGGACGCACCACAGAGCAAGCUUGUCCAGAGUCCCUUCCGGGCAAUGAAAACGCUCAGGCAGAACGACUCCAGUGGGCACAACCCAGUGGAUUUCUCCGCCAAAUGGCCGGAUGUGAGAGAUGUCAUUGAUAUCUCUCACGAGCAGCCUCCAUAUGACCCAGAGACUCUCGGGAGUGGUGUCAGGUAUCACAAAUUCCCGACUGUGUCCAAGAUGCCACCAACCGCGGACGAAGUUGCCGCGUUCAUCAAGCUUGUCGAUUCGAUCCGCGAGUCAAGGGGCUACGAUGAUAAUUCCAUCAUCGCAUGCCACUGCCACUACGGGUUUAACAGGACGGGUUUCUUCGUGUGUUCUUAUUUGAUCCAGCGUUUGAACUUUACGGUGCCAAAAGCACUUCAGGCAUUCCAGGAGGCACGACCCCCCGGGAUCAAGCACCCGCACUUCAUUAAUGAGCUCUUUGAAAGGCACUGCUUAGGAUUGGAGAGAGCUCCGACCUAUUAG